ACUACAAAGUACUCAGUACAUAUGUACAAUUGUAUGUGUGACGUGCCCAAUUGAAAAAAAUAGGUACCGGAGUAUCUAAAUUAUUGAUAAUUCAGUGAAGACGUCGUAUUCACUAAAUAUUAAUCAUGAGUGCGAAAGAGGCUGUUAUCAAUGGAGAGGGGUCUGAACCCUCGAAGAAGGCUCUGAAGAAGCAGCAGAAGGAGGCGGAGAAAGCAGCGAAAAAAGCCGCGUAUAAAUCGCAAACUGCACAAGAGCCUGUGGAAAAUGCUGAAGACAUUUCCCUCGGACGAUAUGGACAAAUGGGGCUGAUCCAGAGUUCGGAGAGUCAUGGGGAGAGAAAAUUCACUGACGUCAAGGAUCUACAGCCCAAAAUUAAGGACCAGAAUGUGUGGGUGAGAGGGCGAUUGCACACGAGUCGAGCAAAAGGAAAGCAGUGUUUCAUCGUGAUCAGGCAACAGUCGUACACGGUCCAGGGUCUAGCGGCUGUUAAUGAGAGGAUCAGCAAGCAGAUGAUUAAAUUUAUUUCAAAGUAA